AUGGCUAAUGGCACGGAUCUCCUGAGCCAAUAUUCCAUCACUAACAGCAAGAUCGGAGAGAUAGUGAGAAUGACCGCUCUAGUCGUCAUGUUGGUGACCUUCUGCAUCUUUCUGUAUUUUGCUCUUCUUCUAUUAAGUGUUGUCUUCACCACCCCUCAUGUCCGGGAACAAUCCCGCUAUAUUCUCUUUACCCACAUGAUCAUUAACGACACGGUGAGUCUGUGCAUUUCCAUAUUCCAGUUUAUUGCCGCCAUGUACAGUAUUCCCAUCCCUACUGUCCUCUGCUGGAUCAUGAUCAUCUUCUCCAAAGUUUCCUUCUUAGUUACUCCAAACAACUUGGCAGUCAUGUCCCUAGAGCGAUAUGUGGCCAUUUGUCACCCACUGCGACACGCUGAGCUUUGCACCUGCCAGAGAACCAAUGCCGCCAUAUUGGUUCUGUGGGUGAUUGGACUAAUUCCUGUUACACUUGAGUUCAUCAUCAUGGGUUAUUUAAUUGGGAAGAGCGUCUUGUCUAUUAAUGCGAUUUGCUACUGGAUAACUCCAGAAGUCAACAGGGUGCAGACUAUUAUAAGGAUGAUUACCGAUUCCAUCAGCUUCACCUCGGUGGGACUCAUUCUAUUCUACACCUACAUCAGGGUGCUGUUAGUUGCUCGGAAAAUGGUUUCAGGUAAAUCGAAAGCGUCGAAAGCUGGAAAAACAGUGUUAUUCCAUGGCUUCCAGUUGCUGCUGUGCAUGUCCUCCUUCACCAACACCAUCACGGAGACCUACCUCAUUGCUUAUUUUGCUUUCGUGCGUAUAACCAACUUCCUGGUGUUCAUUUUCCUGCCAAAAAUCAUCAGUCCUCUGGCGUAUGGGAUGAGAGAGGAAGUAUUCAGCCAAUAUGUGAAAAAGAGGCUUUGUACGACUCGGAUGCGACUGCUAUUCAAAAAAAGAAAGUUUUUUUCAUGAAUAUGAUCAGUUGAAGUUACUGGGCCCCAAAGCUGACUCUCAGGGUCUCAUAACCCUGGGACAAUGACUUUAUCAGA